AUGUCUAUCACUCCCGGCUCCUCAGCUGAGGCUCUCCCUGGUGGAUCAGAUGAUGAAUUCAUUUUGAGGGAUGACGAUAGCAUCGGUGUGAUUAUCAAUGGACAUAAUCUCAACGAUUCAGGCAAACUUAUCCCAAAGCUCCUCAUUCCUCGAAACCCUAGUCAAAAUGCAAAUGAAGAGUCCAACAAGAGCUUGAAAGAUCCAAUCCCUCAAGGACUGCCAAAUGAGAUUGCAGCUACAAUCCGCACACUUUUGUGCCAAAUCGGGGAAGAUACAAACCGUGAAGGUCUCAGAAAAACACCCGACAGAUACGCAAAAGCGAUUCAAUUUUUCACAAAAGGAUACAAGGAGAAAGCGAAUGAAGUGUUAAAUGGCGCCAUUUUCAAUGAAGAAAUUGAGGACAUGGUGAUUGUGAGCGAUAUUGAUGUUUUCAGUUUGUGUGAACAUCACAUGUUGCCAUUCUUUGGAAAGGUACAUAUUGGAUACAUUCCGAACGGACGAGUGCUCGGAUUAUCGAAAUUUUCACGAAUAGUCGAAAUCUUCGCACGAAGAUUACAAGUGCAAGAGCGCUUGACGACGCAGAUAGCAGAUGCAAUAGAAGACGCGCUACAGCCACUAGGAGUCGCCGUCAUUAUAGAGUGUAAACAUAUGUGUAUGAUCAUGAGAGGAGUAGAAAAGACGGGGUCUUUGACAUCGACUCAAUGUAUGAGAGGUGUGUUGAAAGAUGGAGUGAAGGAACGAAAGAACUUUCAUGCACUGCUCGAACUGAGGAAGCGGAGCUAG